GGCAUCACCCACGUGGCGGUACUCGUCGGUGAUGCAGCCGCGGCGAGGAGAUUCUACACGGGCGUACUCGGCAUGGCGGUCGAUUCCGAGUCGUGCGAAGCUCUCGGCGCGCGUGGCGCGAGCGCAGCGUGCGUGCGCGUGGGCGAGCAGACGAUCCAGCUGCUGGAGCUGCCCAACCCGGACCCGACGGAUGGCAGGCCCGUCCACGCCGGACGAGACCGCCACGUCGCCAUCACGCUGCACGACCUCGCGCCGCUCAAGGCGUCGCUCGAGGCGAACGAGGUGCCAUACACGAUGAGCUACUCGGGCCGACAGGCGCUCUUCACGCGCGACGCGUACGGCAACGGCUGGGAGUUU